UAUAAACAAAAAAUAAACAUUGUGAUCUUAUUCCUUUCAAAGGGAAGUAAUACGUAAAAAUAAAUAAAAUCAUGUCUGAAAACACUACCGAUGACAAAACCGCAGAUAAAGUUAACAACAACAUAUGUGAAAAUAUCGAAACAACUCCGGUACAAAAUGAACUUACUAACAGACUAAAAAAUCGAGUUAAAAAUUACAUCAAGAAGUUAGAAGACACUAGUUCCGUAACAACUAAAGAAGAGAGUGAGAGAGUAGAAAUAGAAACAUUCAAGCAACUCUACAAACCUAAAUUAGAGGGAAACCAAGAAACAUAUAAGAAAAUACCAAAGUUUUAUUUCAAACUUCCAAGAUCAGAUGAAGUGUUAGCACAGAAGUUGAGAGAAGAAACUCGAGCUCAGUUCUUGCAGAAGAAAAGCAAAGAAUUACUAGAUAAUAGUGAAUUGAAACAUUUAUGGAGUCUUUUGGAGAAAUCAAAUGGAAACUAUAGUCCUUCAAGUAAUGAUGAACUUACAAUAGACUACUUGCAGUUUAGAAAAAUUAGGGAUGAAGCUGGCCCUAAAUAUAGACCAUACUUUACAGCUGAAGUGUUUGGCCGAUUACAAGCAGCCGAGGGUGGUUUUGGCAAAGUCCGUGGUGUGUCAUUAUUCAAUUAUGUGAUGAGGCGAGUCUGGCUGCAGCAGACUAGGAUUGGUUUAUCCUUGUAUGAUGUUACAGGACAGGGAUAUCUGACUGAACAUGACUUAGAGAGUUACAUAGCAGAGUUAGUGCCGUCUCUAGCAGCACUAGAUGGUCUAGAUUCUUCAUUCAGUUCGUUCUACGUGUGCACCGCAGCUAGGAAGUUCUUGUUCUUCCUAGAUCCGUUGAGAGUGGGCAGAGUUAGGAUCAGAGAUGUGUUGAGUUGCUCGUUUCUGGAUGAUCUGUUGGAGUUACGUGAAGAAGACCUCCCAAUGGAAUUGCAAGAGCAGAAUUGGUUCAGUGCGGCGUCUGCUCUGCGCGUGUACGGACAAUACCUCAAUUUGGACAGAGACCAUAAUGGAAUGCUCAGUCUUAAUGAAUUAGCAGGAUAUGGUUCAGGUACACUGACACGUGCGUUCCUACAGCGUGUAUUCCAACAAUGCCUUACAUAUGAUGGGGAAAUGGAUUACAAGACCUAUCUGGAUCUAGUCCUAGCUCUGGAGAACAGGAAGCAGCCUGCAGCACUCGCGUACCUCUUUAGAGUACUAGAUAUCAACUCGCAAGGGUAUCUUGAUGCGUUUACUUUGAAUUAUUUCUUUAAGGCAAUACAAGAGCAGAUGGUAGCGCACGGCGCUGAACCCGUCAACUUCGACGACGUGAAGGACGAGAUCUUCGACAUGAUCCGACCUGAACAUCCCUCCAGGAUCACCCUCCAGGACCUGGUGAGGAGCGGCCACGGCCACACUGCGGUCUCCAUACUGCUGGAGCUGCACGGCUUCUGGGCUUACGAGAACAGGGAGGCGCUGGCAGCUGCUGGCGACCACAGCUGACAGAUGCACUUCGGCGACAAGAAGUUCGAUAUACCCUCAUUGUGAGAGCUCCGCAGCUUGGAAUGUCCCCUACUCUGGAUACGUUUGAGACACGAUUAUAAGGUGUUUAGUCAACUUGAUUUUUUGAAAGGAAAUGUAUAAGAAUGUAAAGAAAAGGAGACGAUAAAUAGGUAUUCCUCAAUCUGAGAGUCCCCUACCCUGUCGAUGGAAAUUAGUUAGGUAAUUUCGCUAUUAUGGCGAAUUUAAGUGGCCAUCUGAUUGUCACCUUUAAAUACAUAUUUAAAUCUGACAGGGGAGGGGACCGGAAGAGGAAUGACAAUUAAUUAAAAUAUAUGAUGUAGAAAUUAAUGAAAAUGCUGUUUUUGGUUAAACCAUUUAUUGAUGAAACAAUAUUAUAAUAUUAAACAUUGUAAAUAACAUUUGUGUGGUUUGUAAUGUAAAAUUAUUUUGUACUCAAAUAUACGUAUUUUCACUAAA